CACUAAUAAUAGCAAAAGAAAGAAAGUAAAGAAGCAUCAAAACAAUCUUGUUUCCGAAGAAAACUUGGGGGUAUGUCAGGUAUGGAAAGGCUUCAGAGAAUGUUCGCCGGUGCCGGGGGAGCUUUGGGCCACCCUCCGCCGGAUUCUCCCACUCUCGAUUCUUCUGAGCAGGUCUACAUCUCAUCCCUCGCCCUUCUCAAGAUGCUCAAACACGGGAGAGCUGGGGUUCCGAUGGAAGUCAUGGGUUUGAUGCUGGGAGAGUUCGUGGAUGAGUACACUGUUCGCGUUGUUGAUGUAUUUGCAAUGCCUCAGAGCGGUACUGGUGUUAGCGUUGAAGCUGUUGAUCACGUGUUCCAGACCAACAUGCUCGAUAUGCUUAAACAGACUGGGCGGCCGGAGAUGGUUGUUGGGUGGUACCAUUCACAUCCUGGGUUUGGCUGCUGGCUUUCUGGUGUGGACAUUAACACACAACAGAGUUUUGAAGCAUUGAAUCAACGCGCUGUAGCUGUUGUGGUGGAUCCAAUUCAAAGUGUAAAAGGAAAGGUGGUGAUUGAUGCUUUUCGCCUGAUCAACCCACAAACCAUGAUGCUUGGCCAAGAGCCACGUCAAACCACUUCCAAUCUUGGCCAUCUGAAUAAACCAUCCAUUCAAGCCUUGAUCCAUGGUUUGAACCGCCACUACUACUCCAUUGCUAUCAAUUACAGGAAAAAUGAGCUUGAGGAGAAGAUGUUGCUGAAUCUUCAUAAGAAGAAGUGGACUGAUGGUUUAACACUUAGGCAGUUCGAUUCUCACUCCAAAACAAAUGAGGAGACAGUUCAGGAGAUGCUAACUUUGGCGGUUAAAUACAACAAGGCAGUACAGGAAGAAGACGAGUUGCCCCCAGAGAAGCUUGCAAUUGCAAAUGUGGGAAGACAGGAUGCGAAGAAGCACCUAGAAGAGCAUGUCUCCAAUUUGAUGUCUUCGAACAUCAUUCAAACUUUGGGAACGAUGCUCGACACUGUUGUCUUCUAGAGUUCCUAAACUAAAGCAAAAAUCCUUAAUAUCCCACAACCAUGUAGCUCUACAUUCUGGUUCUGCUUAAAUUAGUCUUACUAUAAACUAGUCAAUGUGUUUAGACAUGAGACGAUUUAGUUUCGUUACUUCAUUGACCAGAGCCGGCCUCAAGUUGGACCAGCUACGUGGUGAAAUUGAAUUUGCUUUCAAUACUAAUCCUUUUAUGAUUUUAA